GCCUGCACGCGUUCAAAUUGCACAUAUGGUGCCAAUAAAUAAAUACAAGGAUAAAGCCACAAUGUUUCCACAACGAAGCUCGGUCACUUACCGCACGCCAGACUUCCAUAAGCCCCCGCCCGCCAUAGAACUGGCCGAUAACGUGGAGUAUCCAAAUCUGAACGUUACCGACAUGAACGCAAGGCUGGAGAAUGUUUCGCCGCGUAUACACGAAUGUUGGGACAGCUUAACGAUGAAUAAAAGGCAACACGUGGCUUUGGCCACGAAUCGCCGCGAUGGUGCCCAAUGGUGGGGCAUGUUCUUUGGCUACAACCAUCUUAAGCACAUGACGGUUGACAAUGCCAAUUACAAACUACAAUGUGAAUUCGUGGUAAACAUAUUGCGCUUUGCCUACGAUAAUGUGUUGUUGGUAGCCUUAGGCGAUACCCGACUGCAAGCCUGGUCCACAUACUCGACCGUGCGGAAUCCUGCGAAGCCUUACUCUCUCUUUUUGGUUGGCGAAGCCGCAGGACAUAAUAUACCCAUUAACCAGUUAAAUGUUUUCAAGUCCAACGAAAAAUGUGCCAUCUCCACGUGCUCAGAGGGUACCAUCAAUGUCUGGGACCUUGCGGGUGCUGAUCUGACCAGCUCCUUUCGCAUUCGGACGGCACACACUGAGCGAUUAAUGGGCCUGGCAACGUCUGCUACAUCGGACAAACAGUUUCUGACCUGUGAUCGUGGCGGCUGCGCUCGUCUGUGGGAUGUGCGUGAAGCAUCUUUAGCCUCUACUUGUAUGUCCGGCGACGAAGCACUGGGCUUGAGCUUUACAUGUGCCGCGUGGGCAGCGCCAACAGAGCUUCAUGGUGAUAACUAUAUUUAUUUGGGUGAUUAUGAUGGAAACGUGCACACUUUGGAUAUUCGUGUGCCGCUAAAAUUUGUGGAAACGAAAAAGUUCUUUGAGGAGGGUCAUGUUUCCCAUCUGCUGGUUAACGGAUGCCAUUUGGCCGCCACCAGCAACUUGCCAAGUGAGGUAAAGAUUGAGAAAAUCUCAGGAGAUCGCCAGUUUGUCUACACAUAUAAGGAACCACAUAAUCGAUUAACAGACGCACUUUGGCAGGGCGAUCGCACGUUGGUGACUAUCGGAUAUGGCAGGAAAUUAGUGAAACAUGUUUUACCAAAAAGUGGCCAAAACAUUGACUAAGCACAAAUUUGUAGAAUCUUAAAUUUACAAUGACCGAUUUUGUAUGGAGCUGCACUUUUUUUUAAAUAUAAUACUAUAAAUUUGUA